ACAGUCAGAGGUUUGCUGCAGCAAAACACCUCUAAAACAAACCAUUUUCAAAAGACACCAACCAAAUGUAUUUCUGUUUGCACUGCUCUUAACGCCCUACUGAACAUCUGUAAAUCGUUGAGCCGAGGAAUUUGAUGAAGUCGAGAGGAAUUCCCACCGCUAGCAUUUUUGGCGUACUAAAGGAAGGAAACAAAACGAUCUGAGAGGAAAACCGUUACUGACGAACGAUUGAAUAUUUGCAAAAAACCAUCCAGACAAGGUGACAAGAUGGAAGUGUUGUUGAUGGGUGACAG